AUUCCCACUCAUUAUGUUUGUUGCUUAAAGAUUGCCUCCCCACCUUCUCCUCUCCUUUUCUCCUCUCUUCUGAUCCUCCAUCUCAUAUACAUGUAAUUCCUCCCUCACUCGCACAUUUCACUUCAAGCCGCGAGCUCGAAACAGGAGAGUACUAGCUAAUGGAGGGGGAGAAUAAUAUGCGGAGACCAAAUUUUGUUCCGCUACAAUUACUAGAAAAAAGAGACGACGAAGCUUGUUCCAGCUCCGGCUUUGGAUUCUCCGGAGCUGAAACUAAGCUGAGUCCUCCCGUUACAACUGAAAUAUCGAAAAAGCCACCGCCAAAGAGAGCGUCGACGAAGGAUAGGCACACGAAAGUGGAAGGCCGAGGCCGACGCAUCCGCAUGCCUGCCACGUGUGCUGCUAGGGUUUUUCAGCUCACGAAAGAAUUAGGGCACAAAUCGGAUGGGGAGACCAUUGAGUGGCUACUACAACAGGCGGAGCCGUCGGUUAUUGCGGCCACGGGGACCGGGACAAUUCCGGCUAAUUUUACUUCGUUGAAUAUUUCGCUUAGGAGCUCGGGGUCCACGAUGUCGGCGCCGUCGUUAAGGUCUAGUUAUUUGCAUUCGAGUUUAGCGAAUUCUUCGAGGAUUCGGAGUGAUUGGGAGCGGAGCAUUGAGGAAUCACAGCGUAGGAUUUUCGGUUUGGCUUCGGCUUCGGAGAAUAAUAGCUAUUCGGUAGGUCAACCGUUUAAUUUUGGUAACAGUUAUAUGAGUUUGAACUCAUUGUUGAAUGCUAAGCAAGAAUUACGUGACACGUGUUUGGAGAGCGAAGAUGGUUUAACCGGGAGAAAAAGACGAUCCGACGACGAGGAUUUGUCGUUGGAAAAUCAAAUGGGGCCGGGAAACUACAUGUUGCAGUCGAGUUCGGGUUCGAUUCCGGCUUCGAGUCAAGGUCACACUCCGUCGGCGACUUUUUAUAUGGUCACAAACCCUAGUACACAAUUGGUCAAUGGUGGAGUGGACCCCAUGUGGACAUUUCAAAAUGCAAUGAAUUCGAAUAAUAAUACUAGUAGUACUAAUAUGUAUAGAGGUGCGAAUUCUUCGGUCACAAAUAGUGGGCUACAUUUUAUGAAUCUUCAUACUCCCAUGGCUUUGCUGCCAAGUCAGCAAUUGGGUUCCGGUGGUGGUGGCGUGGCGAUGCCGGACGGACAUUUGGGCAUGCUUGCGGCGCUGAAUUCGUUUAGGCCGAUCUCGGAGUCGUCUCACGAGGCAAGCGGGUCGGAUCGGCACGACUAGUACGUUAUAAUAUCCUAAAUCAAUCUUAAUGGUUUGAAGUUUUUUUUCCCUGAUCUGGUUCCCGAAUUCGAUACCGAUAUAUGAAUAUGGUUAACAUAUACAUGUUGAAAUGCUAAGUGUCUAGUUAAUUUCUCAUUCCUAGACUCAAGUUUUGAUUGAUUAAGCUGUGUGGUGGUGCAUGUGUGAGUGUAUAUAUAUUAGUUUGAACAGCAUCCAUUUUGAUACAAUUCUGGUGACCUUUCAGCUAGGGUUUUGAUUAAUAUUUAUAUAUGAACUCGUCAGUGUUCAGUUUUCCUGAGUA